AUGGCCAAAAGAAGCCACCAUGCCGAGCCAACAGAGCUGCGACCAACGAAAAAAUCCAAGUCGGACGAUAAACACUCGGGAGGAAAGGAAAAGAAAGAGAAGAAGGAGAAGAAAGAUGAGAAGAAUGGUGUGGACAAAGUGAAUGGCAGUUCAUCUGAUGAGCCGACUGGGUACUCGCAGGCUUCGGCGCUCACGGAUCUGCCACAGUCUCAGAUCGAUCAGUACCUCGAGGAAAAGGUCAUCAAGAUCACCGAUUCGUCCACAGAGUCUGCGCCUGAACUUCGCCCGAUCAUUUCGUUUGAUUACCUCCCCCCUGCAUUCCCUGCCCCGACGCCGAUUCAAGCCGCGACCUGGCCCCUUCUUUUCGCUGGUCGUGAUGUGAUCGGUAUUGCGGAGACUGGCAGUGGCAAGACCCUUGGCUUUGGUUUGCCCUGCCUCAAGAAGCUGUUGGAUUCUAAGCGGAGCAGGAAGCCCUAUCACCCUUCUGCCGUGAUCAUCUCGCCCACCCGCGAGCUUGCGAUGCAAAUCCAUGACCAGCUCGUCAAGUUUUCUCAUGUGGCCAAGGCUGACGUUACAUGUAUCUACGGAGGUGUUGGGAAGGAUGAGCAACGUGUGGCACUGAAGACGGCCGCAAUCGUUGUCGCAACCCCCGGGCGUCUGAAGGACCUCCAGAAUGACGAGUCGGUCAACCUCAGCAAGGUCAAAUAUCUCGUCUUGGACGAGGCUGACCGUAUGCUGGACAAGGGGUUUGAGCAGGAUAUCAAGGAUAUCAUCGAGCCCAUGCCGGUUUCGAGGAGACAAACAGUCAUGUUCACGGCGACUUGGCCGCGAUCGGUUCGGGACCUCGCUGCCACCUUCAUGAACUCCCCGGUUACCGUGACCAUUGGUGGUGACCCUUCUGCAGAUCCCCGAGCCAACACCAGGAUCAAGCAAGAGAACCCGGAGAAGGUCUUGGUGUUCUGUCUCUACAAAAAGGAGGCUAUGCGGAUUGAACGCUUGAUCAAGAUGAAGGGUUUUAAGGUGGCUGGAAUUCACGGUGACUUGAACCAGUCCGAUCGAUUCCGCAACCUUGAGGCCUUCAAGAGCGGUACUGCUACCGUCCUCGUUGCCACUGAUGUGGCAGCCCGAGGUCUGGAUAUUCCUGCAGUGAUGCUAGUUAUCAACGUUACCUUCCCUCUGACGGUGGAGGACUACGUGCAUCGUAUCGGACGAACCGGACGAGCUGGAGCGGAAGGACAUGCUAUCACAUUGUUCACCGAACAAGACAAGGCACUUUCUGGCGGCCUCAUCAACGUCCUAAAGGCUGCUAAGCAGAAUGUUCCAGAGGACCUGCUGAAGUUUGGCACCACUGUUAAGAAGAAGCAGCACGACGCUUAUGGUGCAUUCUUCAAGGAUAUCGGCACCGACAAGAAGGCAACCAAGAUUACAUUCGAUGACUGA